UGUUUAAACAUUGUUCGUGAUUUACUUGUCUCGCAUCUUUUGUUUUUGUGGCACUGAAAUAGAAUUGCCGGCUUGAAAACUUUCAAAUGCAUGGUACACGUUGUAUUACUAAGAUUCUAGUCUCACCACGUGCCACUGCAUCCUUUGUCACCGCAUUCUAUCAGCACACUUGUUUAUUGAAAACAUCUGCUAGCCGCAUGCCUACUCCGCCAAAAAUUGCCAAAACGACAGAAAGUGAACUGUCGGCGGAUAUCAUAAAACAGCUUGGGAAGCCGCCAAGGAUGCGCGAGGAUCCCGCAUUUACCAAGGUCGACAGUGACGAGUUUCGAAGCAUAUUUACACCGGAACUAGACGCUCUUGUGGCGCUAUUUAAAAAGUACAAUUAUGAGCUGCGUAUUGCCGGUGGUGCCGUUCGGGACAUACUAAUGAAGAUUAAGCCAAAGGACGUUGAUUUGGCAACAACGGCGACUCCCGAUCAGAUGAAGGAUAUGUUUAGUAAGGAGGAGGUGCGCAUGAUUAAUGCCAAGGGCGAAAAACAUGGCACAAUAACGCCUCGCAUCAACAACAAGGAGAACUUUGAAGUCACCACAUUGCGGAUUGAUGUGCGCACAGACGGACGACAUGCGGAUGUGGUGUUUACCACCGACUGGCAACUGGAUGCAAAUCGUCGCGAUUUGACUAUAAACUCCAUGUUCCUUGGCUUCGAUGGAACAGUCUACGAUUACUUUUAUGGCUACGAUGAUGUGCAACAACGUCGCGUUGUAUUUGUUGGUGACGCUGAUGUCCGCAUCAAGGAGGAUUAUUUACGCAUUCUACGUUACUUUCGCUUCUACGGCCGCAUUUCACCAGAUGCCAAUGCCCACGACAAGGCCACGUUAGCUGCUAUCAAGGAAAAUGCUUCAGGUCUGUCACGGAUUAGCGGCGAGCGAAUUUGGGCCGAGCUACAGAAGAUUGUCAUCGGAAAUUUCGGGCGUGAGCUAGUGCUGGAGAUGCAUUGUUGUGGCCUUACUGAAUUCUGUGGUCUUCCGGCACAGCCGAAUGUCACGGAAUUUAACCGUCUCUGCAGCGACUUGGCUCAAUUCGAGCAGCCACACUAUCCCAUCUUGUACCUGAUUGGCUUGCUGCACUCGACCGAGGAGGCAAUGAAGUUACAUGAGCGCUUGAAGCUGUCCGCCUACGAGCGGGACCUCGCGCUCUUCAUCACCCAGCAGCGACAGCGGGUCGAUUCUGAGUACACUUGCCUUCGCGACUAUCAAAAAUUGUGCCUACAACCGUUUGCAAAACGGGAUUUUGUCGAGCAGCUGCUGAAGUAUGCCAACAAGUUGGAGCUGUACAAUGAACUCAAGGCAUGGGAGACUCCCAACUUUCCCAUCAAUGGCAAUACGCUUAAGAGUCAUGGCCUGGCGGGCAAGAAAAUGGGCCUGGUUCUCUCCGAGCUGCGAUUGCUGUGGGCAGACAGUGAUUUUAAGCUGACAUCUGAGGAAUUGUUGGAGAAACUGCCCACAGUAUUGGAGCUGUUGAAAUUGGAGUCGCCUCCCGGCUCGCCUAAUAAAAAGAAACGCACUCUGUAUUUCCUCUCUGACGUUUGGCUCACUUUUAAUGGUCGAUCUCUAUAAAAUGUUCAAGUAAACUAGACUUUGCUAAAAAUCUGAAUGGGGCGCUUGAAGCCAGCCUUGCAGUGUUCCGGCUGACCCAUGAGUUCCAUGGUGGAGAAGCCUACUUCCGGGCUGAGCAGAUAAUCCGUGAACUCCUCUGGUUUAAAUUUAAUGGUAUUGUAAUUUUCACGUAUUUUAUCCUGUAAAUUACAAGCAUAUUAGCGAAAG